UUUAUAACAGUGGUUUUCAAAAGAGAAAUAUAUAUAGAGACAUAACUCACUAGAAACUUCAACGAUCUAACAUUCUAGCUAUAUAUUAUUACUAUAUCAAUUUCAAGUUCUCUAGCUACUCUACCCAGUGUACGAAGGGUAAUAUAGUCAAUAAACUCAACCAACAAUGCCUUCUGGUCCAAAGAAGAGGAGAGCUGCAAGGAGGAAGCGUGGAUUAAACUCUAAUCAUACAGAAGAUGAAGUGGAAGAUGCUGUUGAGGUUUCUCAGACCUUAAGCAAUGGUGACAUGAAGGCUGAGUCUCAUGAGCAUGUAGAAAAAAGUAAAGAUGUUCCAGUUGUGGAGGAAUGUGAUUCCGUUGGAAGCAAUGGGAAAAAAGAAUCUGUUCAUGAUGAAAAAAUCAUUACCCAUGCAACAGUUAUGCUGGAAUCAUCCGACUCUGUUGGAAACAAAGAAAAGGAAUCAGAAUCUGAAGCUGUUGAUCAAAUUCUGAUUCAACCAAUCUCAAAAGAAAUCAAAGGAAACGAAGAUGGUGAAGUUGAUGAUGGUUUUUCAGUUGUGAAGGAGAGUGAAGAGACUUCCAAAGAAGGUGUUCUUCAAGAUCCAAUAUCUGAAGAGCCACGAGUUGACACAGUUGACCAGGUGGUUCUGAAGGAGUUGCCUUUGCAAGAAGCUCAAGAUCUUUCUGUUCCAACCGAGUCAGUUUCUGAAGUGAAUGUAGAGACAUUCAUAGAAGAUGCUCAAGAUUCUCUCAAAGAACUUUCAGUUGUCCAUGAAAAUGAAGGUGUUGAAGUUGGUGAAAGUGCAUCAGUUAAAGAUGUGUCAGUUGUGAAGAACGAGGGUGAAGAUCAAGAUCCCUCUGAAGAGACAAAAGAAAGUUCAUCAAGAGAAUUUGAUCAAUCGAUUAUGAAGAGCAUACAUAAUAAAGAGGCUGAUCAGAUCCCUACAAAAUCAGCUGAGUCAGUUAUUGAAGUGGAUGUAGACGCAAUAUCAUUUGAAGAUGCUGAAGAUUCUUUCAAAACACCACUCGGAAGCCUUUCUAUUGGAUAUAUGUCUCAGGUGAUGAGAUCUUUGAAGGAAUUAGCACAAAAUCCUUAUUUAGCAGCUGAUUCUGUAGAUGAAGUUAAUGUACAAAAAUCCUUAAAAGAGGAUCAAGAUUCUAUCACAGAGCCACAUGGAGUCUCUUCUCUUGUUGAUGCGUCUCCUGUUGAAGAAAUUGUUCAAGGAAUUGAAGUUGCUGAAGGUGGUGAAAGUGCUUCUCAUGUUGAGCCAGUUUUGAAGGUGGAAGAAGAAAUAUCCAAGGAAAGUGUUCUUGAAGAAGAGCUAAUAACUGAAGGUUCUACACAAGAACAAGUUAAGCGAGUUGAUGAGUUGCUCAUGGAGGCUAUACCUUUGGAAAAGGCUCAAGGUCCAAUUAAAUAUUCUUUGGAAGAAGUUGUUAAAGGAAACGUAUGUGGUGUGGGUGAAUGUACAUGUGAUUAUCCACUGAUUAAUUAUGUUGUGUCAGAGGAUAAGAAGAUGUCAUUCAGAGGUAUUUCAAAAAAACAUUCUAAAAAGCCAAAUGGAAAAUUUUCACAUGAUCCAGAAGAAAUGUUUGAUAACAUUGAUAUGUCUCGUGUUGAAGGCUUUGUUCGAUUUAAUGGUCAUGGGAAUGAGCCAAUUGGAUUAUCUUCACGUGAUGAUGUGGCGUCUGUAGAAGGUGUUGUUCCAGGAAAUGAAACCGCUGAAGAUGGUAAAGGUGAAUUUAAUCAUGUGUUAGUUUUAAAGGAGGAAGAAGAGAUCAUGCCUAUAGAAGGUGUUCUUGAAGAGACAAAUGGACAUUCUUCAGAUGAACCAAAGGUAAUGAUUAAGACACUUGAUCAAGAGAUACAAGGUGAUUCAGGUUCUGAAGCAAAUGUAGAGACAUUUUUAGAAGAUGCUAAAGAAUAUUCUCUCAAAGUGCCUCUGGGAAUUAGCUCUUUUCUAGUUAAAGGAAAUGAGUAUCAAGAAGUUGGUGAAAAGGAAACGUUGGUUAAUCCUUUUGUGUUGGGUAUAGAGGAUGAGGAGGAUGAUGAAGACAUGUCUAUAGGUGAUGGUGUUCUUGAAGAUCCUUUAGAAGAAAAGAAAAUCGAAACUUCUUCAGAUGAACUACAAGCAACGGUGAAAAUGAUUGAUAAUUCAGUUUUGGAUGUUGAAGAGUCACUUUCUGAAGCGAAUGUAGACACAUCUUUAAAAGAUGCUCAAGGUUCUUUCAAAGAGCCAAUAAGAGAAUCUUCCAUGGAUGAUGUACUUCAUCAUGUUGAUUCAGUUAUGAAGGAGAAUGAAGAUAUGUCAAUGGAAGAUGUUCUUGAAGAGCCAAUUCCAAGUUCUUCAGAUGAACCACAACCAAUGGAUAAGAGAGUUGAUCAAGAUCUUUCUACACAAGCUAAGUCAAUUGAAGUGAAUGUAGAUGCAUCCUUCGAAGUUACUCAAGAUUCUUUCAAGGUGCCAUUGGAAGACUCUUCAAUGGAUGAUUUGUCUCAUGUUGAAGCUAGUGAUCAAAGUGAAAGUCAAGGUGAAGAUUCUUUCAAAGAUAAAGGUUAUGAAGGUGCAACAAUGGUUAACAUAGUUGAGUUAGUUAUGGAGGAGAAAGAAGAGAAGUCCAUAGAAGGUGUUCUUGAAGAAUCUUUUGAACAUCCUUCAAAUGAACCAGAGUUAAUUGUUAAGACGGUUGAUCAGUCUAUUCUGAAAGAGGCUCAACAUCCAUCUUUAGCAGAAGAAUCAGAGUCAGUUAUCGAUGUGUUACCAAUUGAAGCCAUGGUUGAAGGUAAUGAAGUUGCCGAAGUUCAUGAAAGUGCAUCUGAAUAUUCUUUACAAGAACCAAAAGCAAUAAUUAAGACCAUUGCUCAGUUUGUUCUAAAAGGGCUACAUUACAAAGAGGAUCAUGAUCCUUCAGUUCUUGAAGUGAAUGAAGACACAUCCUCUGAAGAUAGUGAAGUUUCUUUCGAAACGCCACUUGGAAGCCCUUCUGUGGACCAUGUCUCCCCUAAUGAAGCCUUCGCUCAAUGGAAUGAGUCAACUGAGUCAAUUGAAGAAAACUUAGAGUCACGCUUAAAGGAUGCUAAAAAUUCUCCCAUUGAUUCAUCAGGAAGCUUUUCUCUAGUUGACAUGUCUUAUAUGGAAGGCAUUGAAGAAAAUGAAAGUGCUGAAGCUGUGUCAGUUUUGAAGGAUGGUAAAGAGGUGUCUAUGGUAGGCGUUCUUGAAGAACAAUUUGAAAAGAAAGAUGGAGAUUCCUCACAUGAACAAGAAGCAAUGGUUAACACAACUGAUAGUGCUGAAGUUGAUGAAAAAGAGGUGUCUAUGGAAGGUGGUCUUGAAGAACAAUAUGGAAAGAAAGAUGGAGAUUCCUCACAUGAACAAGAAGCAAUGGUUAACACAAUUGAUAGUGCUGAAGUUGAUGAAAAAGAGGUGUCUAUGGAAGGUGGUCUUGAAGAACAAUAUGGAAAGAAAGAUGGAGAUUCCUCACAUGAAGAAGAAGCAUUGGUUAACACAAUUGGUAGUGCUGAAGUUGAUGAAAAAGAGGUGUCUAUGGAAGGUGGUCUUGAAGAACAAUUUGAAAAGAAAGAUGGAGAUUCCUCACAUGAACAAGAAGCAUUAGUUAACACAAUUGAUAGUGCUGAAGUUGAUGAAAAAGAGGUGUCUAUGGAAGGUGGUCUUGAAGAACAAUUUGAAAAGAAAGAUGGAGAUUCCUCACAUGAAGAAGAAGCAUUGGUUAACACAAUUGAUAGUGCUGAAGUUGAUGAAAAAGAGGUGUCUAUGGAAGGUGGUCUUGAAGAACAAUUUGAAAAGAAAGAUGGAGAUUCCUCACAUGAAGAAGAAGCAUUGGUUAACACAAUUGAUAGUGCUGAAGUUGAUGAAAAAGAGGUGUCUAUGGAAGGUGUUCUUGAAGAACAAUUUGAAAAGAAAGUUGGAGAUUCUUCACAUGAACAAGAGGAAACGGUUAGCACAAUUGAUAUAUCUCUUCUGAAAGAGAAAGAGACAGAAGAUCUGUCUACACCAGUUGAGUCAGUUAGUGAAGUGAAUGUAGAGACAUCUGUAAAAGAUUCUCAAGAUUCUUUGAAUGAACCAUUGGGAAUCCCCUCUAUGGAUGACGCGUCUCUUCUUGAAGGCGUAGUUCAAGGAAAUGAAUUUGGUGAAAUUGGUGAAAGUAAAGAGAUCUCUAAAGAAGGUGUUGUUCAAGAUCCUUUAGAAGAGCCAAUUGGAAAUUCUUCUCAAGAGCUAGAGGAAAUUGUAAAGACAGAUGAUCAGUUGGAUUUGAAGGAGAUACCUUUGAAAGAGACUCAAAUUCCUUCUUUACAAGAUGACUCAGUUAUCGAAGUCAUAAAAGAUGUUGAUUCUCUCAAGGAGCCACUAGGAAGCUCUUCAGUUAUGGACGAUGAUGGUGAUAUGACCAUGAAAGGUGUUCUUCAAGAUCCUUUCAGAGAGCUAAUUGGAUCUUCUUUACAUGAUCAUUUAACUCUUGAGGGAUUACAUUUGAAAGAGGAGGCUGAAGAUCCUUCUGUAUUAGCUGACUCGGUUAUUAAAGUGAAUGUUGAUAAAUCCAUUGAAGAUGCUCAUGAUGUAUAUGAAACGCCACCUGGAAGCCCUUCUGUGGACCAUGUGUCUCCUGUUGAAGGCUUUGAGGCAAACAUAGAUCACUCUUCCAUGGAGGCAUUGGGAAGCUUUUCUAUGGCUGAUGUGUCUUCUAUGAAAAGAGUUGUCGAAGGAAAUGAAUCUACUGAAGUUGAUGAAAAGUCAUUGGUGUCCAUGGAAGGUGCUCAUAAAGAACCUUUUAAAGAUCCAGUUGGACCUUCUACAGAUGAACUACAAACAAUGGUGAAGACAGUUGAUCAAUCGUUUCAAGAUCCAUCUCUACAAGGAAAUGUUCAAGAAAAAGAAUUUACUGAAGGCAGUGAAGAUGCAACAAUGGAUAAUCAUGUUGAAUCACUUAAGAAGGAGAAUAAAGACAUGUCCUUAGAAGAUGUUCUUGAAGUACCUUUUGAAAAGCCAUUUGGAGAUUCUUUACAUGAACAAGAUGCAACAGUUAACAUAAUUGAUAGGUCACUUGUGAAAGAGAUACCAUUAAAAGAGGAUGAAGAUCCAUCUGCAACAGUUGAAUUAGUUACUGAAAGCCCCUUUGUGGUUGAUGUGUUUCCUGUUGAAGGAAACGAAUUUAAUAAAGUUAGUGAAACUGCAUGUCAUGAUUCACGAACCAUGGUUAAUCAUGUGGCGUCAGUGGAAAGCUCUUCUCUGGUUGAUGGGUCUUCUGUUGAAGGUGUUGGUCAACGGAAUGGUCAACGGAAUGAGAUGCUUGGACUAGUAAGGUCAUUGUUGGAAGAGAUUCGUCGAAUAAGGGCAUUUUAUGAAGAGGGUCUGCGUCAAACUACCAAAAUAGAUCUCCAAAUGCUUGAAGUUUUGGAAAAGUUUGACUCAACGAGAUAAUUUGAGUUAGUUCUCUUUUGUGCUAAAGUUUGUAUUUUACCUUCUUAGUGUCUUUCUUUAAGAUGUUGCAUGGGAUUCUAAUAUUGAUCAGUGUUAUGACUGAUUUAGUUUACUUUGGAAUUCUUCACAAUUGAAUAAAAACUCAUGACCCUUUAUUGAUUCA